AAUUUUUGUUUAAAUUUGUUUUAAAAUAAAUUAAAAUCAAAUAAAUUUAUUAUUUUUUUAAAAAUGGGAAUAAUAUGAUAAACAAAACUAUAGUUUUUAAGCGCUUAUAAAUCAAAAUUUUUUUUUUAAUUUUUAAAAAUUCAGCAUACUCCAAUUAUUAUUAUUAUUUAUUGAUUUGAAUUAAAUUAAUAAUAAAUCAUCCAAGGUAAUUUUCAUACAACACAUCAAAUUUGGAAAUUAUUAUUAAAAGUUAUAAUUUGAUAACUAAAUGAAAAAUUUGAAUUAAAUAAAACAAAUACAAUACAUUAUUAUUAUUAUCAAAUCAUCCAUCAAUAUGACUAUAAUUACCCGACUAAUAACUGGCCAUAGAAAUGGCAAAACUGCUUUACAACAACUAUUGCCGAUUACUUGCCGAUCGGUAAACAUUGCCAACCGUCGGUAUGAUUCGUCCUAUGAGGUGAAGCCAAUCAAAAAAGUAUUGGUCGCUAAUAGAGGCGAGAUAGCUAUCCGGGUGUUCAGGGCGUGUACAGAGCUAGGGAUCCGAUCGGUGGCCCUGUACUCUGAACAGGAUAAGAUGCAUAUGCAUCGGCUAAAAGCCGACGAAGCCUAUCUGGUCGGUAAAGGUUUGCCGCCGGUUCAGGCCUAUCUGAACAUUCCCGAAAUCAUACGUAUCGCUCAAGAAUCGGAAGUCGACGCCAUUCAUCCGGGCUACGGGUUUCUAUCCGAGCGAUCGGAUUUUGCCCGAUCGUGUCUCGACAAUGACAUACGAUUUAUCGGGCCGUCGCCCGAUGUUAUGGCCCGUAUGGGCGAUAAAGUCGAGGCCCGUAAAGCGGCCAUCGAAGCCGGCGUACGUGUAGUACCCGGUACCGAUCGCCCUGUUAUCAAUGUCAACGAUGCCAAAGUGUUUGUCGAAAAACAUGGACUACCCGUCAUAUUCAAGGCUGCCUACGGUGGCGGCGGUCGAGGUAUGCGUGUGGUCAGAAAUAUGGCCGAAUUGGAGGAAAACUUCGAGAGGGCUACCUCGGAGGCGCUGUCCGCUUUCGGUAACGGUGCUAUGUUUAUCGAACGAUUCAUUGAACAUCCGCGACAUAUUGAAGUACAAAUACUGGGCGACUCGUACGGCAAUGUUGUCCAUCUGUACGAACGUGACUGUACUGUCCAGCGUAGACAUCAGAAAAUCAUUGAGAUUGCACCGUCACCCAAUCUGGAUCCGGUAAUCAGGGACAAGAUAUUGGCCGACGCUGUCAAACUGGCCAGACAUGUCGGCUACCAGAAUGCCGGUACUGUCGAGUUUCUGUUGGAUUCGGACGGUACCUACUAUUUCAUUGAAGUCAAUGCCCGACUUCAAGUCGAGCAUACGGUUACCGAAGAGAUAACGGGUGUCGAUUUGGUACAGAAACAGAUACGUAUAUCGGAAGGUCAAUCGCUGGCCAAUUUGAAUCUCACCCAGGACAACAUUCGUGUCCAGGGAACAGCCCUACAGUGUCGGGUGACUACCGAGGAUCCGGCCAAAAAUUUCCAGCCCGAUACCGGCCGUAUCGAAGUAUUUCGUUCGGGCGAAGGUUUCGGUAUCCGAUUGGACGGUGCGUCGGCAUUUGCCGGCGCUAUCAUAUCGCCCUACUAUGACUCGCUGUUGGUCAAAGUUAUAGCCCAUGCCAGCAACAUUGGAUCGGCAUCGGCCAAAAUGAAUCGGGCGCUCAGAGAGUUCAGGGUCAGGGGUGUCAAAACUAACAUACCGUUCCUAUUGAAUGUAUUGGAAAAUGAAAAAUUUCUAAAAUCAUCGUACGAUACAAACUUUAUUGACACACAUCCGGAACUGUUUAAGUUUGAGGCCUCACAGAAUAGGGCCCAAAAAUUGCUAUACUAUUUGGCCAAUUUGAUGGUCAACGGCCCGUCGACACCGUUGGCUACCAAACUUAAACCAUCGGAUAUUAUACCGGCAGUUCCGGCCACGACUACCACCACCACCGCCGAAUCGACGACGACGACAACGACACCGAACGGCUGGAAACUAGUACUGGAUCGCGAAGGUCCCGAAGCUUUUGCCAAAGCCGUACGCCAGCACAAGGGCCUACUGUUGAUGGACACGACCUAUCGGGACGCCCAUCAGUCACUGUUGGCCACCAGAGUUCGUUCAUACGAUUUGCUUAGGAUAUCGCCCUAUGUAUCGCAAAACUUUAGCAACCUAUUCAGUCUGGAAAACUGGGGCGGCGCCACCUUUGACGUGGCCAUGCGUUUCUUGCACGAAGAUCCGUGGGAACGGCUAUCGGAAAUGCGUACACUAAUACCGAACAUACCCUUCCAGAUGCUCCUACGCGGUGCCAACGCUGUCGGCUAUACAUCCUAUCCGGAUAAUGUUGUAUUCAAAUUUUGCGAACUGGCCAAACAAGCCGGAAUGGACAUAUUUCGGGUGUUUGAUUCGCUUAACUAUUUACCAAAUAUAUUGGUCGGUAUGGAAGCCGCUGGCCAGGCUGGCGGUGUAGUCGAAGGUGCCAUCAGCUAUACGGGCGAUGUAUCGGAUCCGAAACGUACAAAAUAUAAUCUGGACUAUUAUGUCGAUUUAGCCGAUAAAUUGGUAGCCGCCGGUACUCACAUAUUGUGCAUCAAAGAUAUGGCCGGCCUAUUAAAGCCGAGAGCAGCGAAAAUGUUGAUCGAAGCCCUCAGGUCGAGACAUCCGGAUGUUCCCAUACAUAUACAUACGCACGAUACGGCCGGUGCCGGAGUAGCCUCAAUGAUCUACUGUGCCGAAGCCGGUGCCGAUAUUGUCGAUGUUGCCGCCGAUUCAAUGUCCGGUAUGACUUCGCAGCCGAGUAUGGGUGCACUGGUAGCGGCACUGGCCGGUACCGAGCACGACACUGGCCUAAAAUUACCGCACAUAUCCGACUAUUCGGCCUAUUGGGAACAAACCCGGACACUGUACGCACCGUUCGAGUGUACGACAACCAUGAAAAGCGGUAACGCCGAUGUCUAUCUGAAUGAAAUACCCGGCGGCCAGUAUACUAACCUACAGUUUCAGGCCUAUUCACUCGGUCUGGAAAAACAAUUUGAACAAAUCAAGAAAGCCUACGCCGAAGCCAACAAACUAUUAGGCGAUCUAAUCAAAGUGACGCCAUCGUCGAAAGUUGUCGGCGAUUUAGCCCAGUUUAUGGUACAAAACAACUUAUCGGCCAAAGAUGUCGAAGAUCGGGCCGAAGAGCUAAGUUUCCCGUCGUCGGUGGUCGAGUUUAUGCAAGGUUUUAUUGGCGAGCCGUACGGCGGUUUUCCCGAACCGCUGCGCAGUAAAAUACUGAAAGGUUUGGCACCGAUUCGCGGCCGGCCUGGCCAGCACUUGCCGCCCAUGAAUUUCAUUCAACUGAAAGACGAAUUGGUUGAAAAACAUGGCGAACCAGUUAGCGAUACGGAUGUCAUGAGUUCGGCAAUGUAUCCGAAAGUUUGCGACGAUUUCAUACAAUUUCGCCACGAGUUCGGACCGGUUAGUCUGUUUGAUACCCGAAUAUUUUUGACCGGACCUAAAGUUGGCGAAGAAUUUGAGGUAACACUCGAAAAAGGAAAGGUAUUGCAUAUAAAAACUUUGGCCGUUUCCGAGACCCGAACCAAUACCGGCGAACAGGAAGUGUUUUUUGAACUUAACGGCCAAUUGAGAAGUUUUCUGGUCAAAGACAAAUCGGUUACUAAAGAAAUUAAAUCAAAUCCGAAAGCACUGAAAGGUGUUAAGGGAUCGGUUGGUGCGCCGAUGCCGGGAACUGUCAUCGAAGUUCGGGUACAGGAGGGCGACAAAGUCGAUAAGGGACAGCCGCUGAUUGUGUUGAGUGCCAUGAAAAUGGAAAUGAUUGUCCAGUCGCCGAUCGGCGGAACUGUUAAGAAGAUUUUUGUCAACAAAGACAUGAAACUCGAGGGCGACGACUUACUUAUGGACAUUGAUGUCGAUUAAAAUACUAAUAAUAAUAAUAAUAAUAAAUAAUAAAACUAUUGUUAUAUAACACACACACACACACACACAUAAUUGUUGUGAUAGUUAAAAAACAUGAUUUUAUUAUUUUGAGGGCAUAAUUACCGGUAAUAUUAUAU